AUGGUAAAGAUGAGAGAGGCAGUUGCUCAUUGGAUCCUAAUGCAUGAGCAUCCAUUUUCCAUUGCUGAGGAGGAAGGUUUUAAUAUGAUGCAACAAAGGGGCAUGCCUCAAUGGGAAAAGAUUUCUCGUGUCACAGCAAAGAAAGAUUGUAUGCUUAUGUAUGAGAAUGAAAAGAAGAGAUUGUUUGCAUUGUUGAAGAAUGUCAACAAAAUCAGCUUGACAACGGAUAUGUGGAUGUCAUCACCUCAAAAGAUGGAGUACAUGGUUGUGACAGGACACUUUGUUGAUAUUGAUUGGAAACUACAAAAACAUGUUCUUAAUUUUGUGCAUCUUGCUCCUCCUCUUCGUGGCAUUGACAUUGCUGAUGCUAUUUAUAAAUGUUGUAAAGAAUGGGGAAUUGAAGGUAAGGUGUUCACAAUCUCGGUGGAUAAUGCUUCAAAGAAUGAUGUUGCUAUUAGAAAUUUGAAAGACACUUUUGCAAGACAUAAGAAGUUGCUUUGUGGUGGACGAAUGUUUCAUGUUCGAUGUACGGCUCACAUUUUGAACAUAAUGGUUCAAUUUGGUCUUUCAAAGAUUGAAAGUGUCAUUGAAAAUAUCCGUGAUAGUGUGGUUCAUAUUAAGCAAUCUGAAGGGAGGCUAAUUAUGUUUUCUGAGAUUGUACAACAGUUGCAAUUACCUUAUAGGAAGUUGGUGCUUGAUUGCAAAACAAGGUGGAAUUCAACUUAUGAGAUGCUAUCAGUUGCAUUGAAGUUUAAAGAUGUUUUCCCAAGAUACAAAGAUCGUGAUAUCACCUAUGAUUGUUGUCCAAGCAAUGAAGAUUGGGAAAAGGCAGAAAAGGUGUGUGAAAUUCUUGAAGUGUUCAAUUCCACUACCAAUAUUAUUUCUGGAAGUGAGUAUCCUACUUCAAACUUGUUUCUAAAUGAAGUUUUUCGUGUGAAAGAAGUGUUAGAUAGAAAAUAUCAAGAGAGUGGAGAUGGAGAUAAAUUCAUUUUUGACAUGGUUACAAGAAUGAAAAUCAAGUGCAAAAUGAGAGCCAUUGAGUUUUCAUUUCCUAGAAUGUAUCAUUCUUUGGAAGCACAAACUCAUAUUCUUGAUGUGAAAAAUUGUUUGUAUGAGCUUUACAAUGAAUAUCUUGUUGAGUAUCAAUCCAUUGGUUCUGAGAAUAGUGCUGAAACUACAUCAAUUGGUUGUACAAGUAGUACAAGUAGUGCAAGUGGUUCUUCUUCAGGAUGGUCUCAAUUUCAAGCAUUUGUGAAGACAGUUGAAACUAUUACUCCCCAAAAAUCUGAUUUGGAUAUUUAUCUCGAAGAAGGGUGCUUUAUUUGUGAUGGAGAUUCUCGCAAGUUUGACGCUUUGGAGUGGUGGAAGGCAAAUACCUUAAAGUAUCGUGUUUUGUCUAAGAUGGCUAGAGAUGUUCUUGCUAUACCUAUAACUACUGUAGCUUCUGAAAGCACUUUUAGUGCCGGCGAACGGAAAAAGAAUAAGAAAGAGAAGAAAGCAGAGGAAAUUGCUCUUCCUAUCAAUCUUUGA